AUGGCUCCUUCAUUCACCUCACGUCCUCGAUCCAUCGAGUCUGGUCGACCUGUCAGCCGCGACGACGACAGUGUCGUGAUCCCGAACCGGACCUCAUCACUCCACUCGCGCAUCACACAACCACUGCCAGGCGCCACGAUGCAGCACAAGUCCAGCAGUCGAGCGCCAAAGACCCUCACUCAUGCCUACAUGGUGUGCGGUGUGGGCAGGGAACCAUCACAAUGGGUCAAGGCUCCGGCACCAGUCCAAGGCAAGAUUGGCCAUCUCAAAGGUGCUGUUGGGCAGUUCUGGCUGCCUGAAAUACUGGGAAGCAGUCCGAGGUUGGAACAGGAUAACGACAUCGCCCGCUCUCUCCAUGCAGCAAUGAGGGCAUGUUUCCCUCACGAUGUCGAAAUUUGUACCGGCAGCACUCAGCCACAUUGCGUGCACCAUUCCUUCGUACUCCAGCAGGACUCCUCCCACACAUUGUACGGCAUUGCACUGCGAGUGUGGUCUCGUGCUGACGAGAAGCGCGCCGAAACGAUUCGAGAUCUGCGAAAGCGCACCGAGGCCGAUUAUUACGAUUCUCCUGGCGAGACGUACUGGAUCCCAUACUGUCUCUCCUUCUUGUCACGAUAUCCACUUUACAACCUCCUCGGCGACUACCUUCGUGGCAUGUGGAUCCAUUGGAACAAGGCUACAAAUCUCUUCCACGCUGAGGAGGUGUCCCGCAUUCUCAGCUUUCCAGCCCCUCGCCUGAAUGACCUGGUGCGCAUCGACAUGAAGGACUAUGCGCUCUGCUAUCAAUUCCCUUCCGCACCAACGGGCUUCCAGAACUUUGCCAUGUGGCCUCUAUUCUCCUGCCUGUCGAUUCCCAACAUUGUUGGGAUCCUCGAGGCUGCGGUAUCACCUACACGCCGCAUCAUUUUCAUCUCUCACUACCCUGCGAUGCUCACCGUGGCCACGGAGACUGUUCGUUACAUGGUCCGUGUAUACGAGUGGAGCGGUCUUUAUGUUCCCGUGGUGCACGCUCGCCAUGCCCGCGAACUUGUGCAAGAACCUGGUCCAUAUAUCCUUGGGCUGACUGCGGAAUGCCGGACUCUCUUCACAGCACCAUCAGAUGCUCUGGUUGUGGAUCUCGACCGCAACUUCGUGCUCACCUCAAGUCCGCCCACAGCAUGGACCGCCCGCCAACGCUCCAAGCUCAUCAACCGGAUGACUCAAGCUCUCGAUGGCGAUGUUGCUCCUUCGGGCGUGCCUUCUCACCUCCGGUCAGCAUACGGCGGCGGCAAGCUCAUUCCGGCUGGUCAGAUCAUCGUCAUGCGUGGCGAAGUCGAGAGUGUUCACGAUCCAGAAUGGUGGAACCAGGACGAGGUCAUGAAGGUCAUGGACCACGCGUGUGAGAAAUUGGGCAAAAACACCGGCGUUAGAGCCGUCUUUGGUGGAGCGCAAAAGAAGCCAUUGACGACCAAGGUCUCCAUGCGACACUUGAACGAGAUUGUCCGCGAGCGAAAUCAGUACUCUCGCGAUGCCAUGGAAGCCUGGCAAGAUUUCAUCAACCUCAAAGGACGCAUGGAUAUGGAGCUCUCCAAGGUUUCGAAGCGCAACAACUACCUUGUCGAAGAGCUGGAGAGCUGGAAGCAGCAGUUCCUCAAGUUCCAGACAUUUGCUGAGCAGCUCACUAAGGAGACGAAUGAGCUCAAGAUCAAGAUUGAAGGCCACAAGCGGGAGAACCGUCGCCUGAAUUCCAUGAUCGAUCAACACAAGGACGAUUCUCAAAGGUUGACGGUCCGUCUUUCGGGCACGGAGAAGCAGAGAGACGAUGCUUUGCAGGCAUUGGUCUUGCAGCAGGAGAUUGCAGAAGAGCUCGAGCGAGAACGGAAGAGAAACAAGAAGGAUCUGUCUGCCCUGCAGCACACCAACGUCACGCUUCUCCGCCAGCGGGAUGAAGCUCAACGAGUCGUUCUCCAUCUACGUGCGUUGAUCGACGGGCAGGCUCACCACAUGGAACACAUUGUCAAAUCGAUUGGCGAUGUGCCUGAGGCGGCUGAACUGACGAAUGCUACGGGAGUGGAAGGCGCAGAGAAGGACCAAGCCGAGAUCAGCCCGGUCCGUCCACAGAGUGCCGCCUGGUCAAGAGCUUCCUCUCGAGCAAGCACGCGCAUGUCGCAAUACCGCACAGAUGGUGAGGAAGCCUCCUCCCCAUUGGAGUCGCGGAUGUCCAUGACUACCGCGGCACGCAAACGUGGAUCUGGGUCCAACAUGGCUGACGUUGCAGACCGUCACCUCCGAGACAAGACGGACGCCAUCGCCUACAUCAUCCGCAACAUUUCCGAGCAGUGCGCCGCCGCUGUGGAAGGUUUGGACCUGGCCCGCCGCGCCGAGACCGUCAGCAGUGAAGGCGGCGAUGACGACUCACGAUCGGAAUCCGGAAAGCAGCGUGGCAAGCGUUCGAAGAAGCGCAUGUCUGCUGACUCCAUGUCCGGCCAUGGCGACAACGACAACGGGUCAGAUUUCGACUCUGGCGACAACAGAUCCGAGGCCAGAUCCAGCUAUCUUCAUCCGAAGCGAGGCUCGUCCAAUGUGCCGCCCACGCCUGAGCUGGUUCAUGAUCGUAGCUCUACCAGCAUGAGUGUCGCUAGUGAGAGUACCACGGCCACACCCCAGCGGUACAGCCUUCAAAGCCAGUACCGCACUCAUGAGGAGGGCAUUCCUGAGGUGCCCGCUCAGAUCGUCGAUGGUGAGCUGCUCGAGGCGCUGGAGGAGGAGCAGCCUGUCACCAAAUUCAACGCACGUGGCCUGGAACGUCAACAAGCUGUUGCCGAGCAUGGUCAAUGACUACCACGCCCCCUCAGCAAGCGUAUAUCACGAGGCAGAUUCCCUGUCCUUACAAUUGUUGAUUGAUCGAAGGGGGCUUGAGGUGGCGAAGGGCGAUACCUGCUCCGCCAUCAUCUGUCUGCGAGCUUCACUGCGCAGCAUGGCACCACUGUCAUGCUGUCAACCUUUUCUCACGGCCUAUCUAAUACCCAUCCUUGCGCGGAGUCUUUGAAUUUGGGUCGGGCAGGCAAAAGUUGUCUGGAUGUGCCCUCAUCUUCGGGCGAUCUACGAAGGAGCACUCAUUUAUUUUGUAUGUAGCUGGAAUGAGAAGAUUGCACCUCGUG